AUGGCUGAAAAUUUGAAUGUAAAUUUGGUUAAGAACAUAAUUCCUGAAUUUCUUCGUGAUAUUUCAAUCCUGUUAAUCGAUAAUGACAGUAUAUCAGUCACAUCUGUCACAUCAAUGCUUACAAAAUUUUCGUAUAAAGUGAUGAGCGUGAACAUUGCAAGUGAGGCCGUAUCGAUGAUCGAACAACAGAAGGAUAUUGGACUUGUCAUAGCCAACAUUGAAAUGGCUCACAUAGACUCACAUUCCUUCCUAAAUGCUUUGCUCCACAAAGAAAUUCCUCUUAUACUGAUUAGUCCGGAAAUUAACACCAAGGAAGCAUCAGAUCUUUUGACAAAAACAGCAUGCUUUUUCCCGAAGAAGCCGAUUUCUGAAAAUGACAUUAACAACAUGUGGCAGCAUGUGGUGUCUAAGAAGAGCCAAGCGCUAGAGAAAAUCAGCAUUGCUGAACAACAAGAGAAGGUUACGGGCAACAGUGCAUUAAACAAGAUUGAAGCUUUCAGAGAAACCAUUAAAAGGCAAGGAACAACAAAUGAUGAGACUGAGAAGAAGAGAGAAGAAGAAUGGAAAUUGGAAAGUAAUAUUGGAAGACGAUGUUAUAUAUGGACUCAUGAGCGUCACUUGAGAUUUUUAGCUGCUAUUUCCAUCUUGGGUGACAAAAAUUGUCGUCCCAAAGCCAUAUUGAAAAUUAUGAAUGACCCAAACUUGAGUCAUCGCCAAGUCAGUAGCCACCUUCAGAAAUACAAAUCUCAAGUUCAACGAAUUAACGAUAUACUGCCGAAAUAUGAAUGUCGAUCAAGAGAUAAAACAUGUGUAUACCCUCCAGAUUAUAAAUAUCCUUUCAAUGUAUCCGACUUAGCGAAGAAUCUCAUUCAAAGUAACACUUUGUGGCAUUCCCUGAGAAAGAAAAAGUCCUCAUCAUCAUCCAUUUCGGAAUGCAAUGCUACUGUGGAGACGCCAAAGUUUCAUCUAGGCGGGAAACUGGAUCUGAGUAAUCAUUCCGAUUUUUGUAACAUACUGAACAAGCCAUCCAUGAAAGUCCAUUCUGUUCCUUCAGCCACAAGUAAGAACCCAUCUUCCAUUAUUCCUCCUUCUACCAAUAGUGGCUUAAGUAGCAACAACCCUCCUCUCCUUUCUGGUAUACCAUCAAGUGUUGGUGCAUCUAGCUCUAGUUUUGAGACCGGCAUGAACCAACUAGAUCUAGACUCUAUUCAUAUACCAGAUUCUUAUGUUCCUCAAAGUGAUCUAUUCAAUAUAGAAGAUGGCUAUUUUCUUCCAGACGAGAUGGACCAGAUGGAUUGGGUUCUACCGAUGGAGAACUACAGUCAUCAUGCAAACAAUAUGAGUCAAAUGGAUUGGAGUCCUUCAACAGAAAAUCAUGUUCUUCCUGAAACCAAUACAAACCAGAUGGGUAGGAUUUCUUCUGGAGGAAAUCCUGUAGGCUUUGUUUCUGGUGAAGCAAGUUAUGAAAUCAUUCCUGAAACAAAUACAAACCAGAUGGAUUGGUCGUUUUCUGAAGAGUGUUUCCGUCUUUUUGAAAAUACAACUCAAGUGGGUUCGGACAACGUGGUUCCUUUUGGUGCUAAUGAUGAUGUUCCGAUCGAUGAUCUGAUCUCAUUUGACCCUGACGUCAACGGUGGGUAUGAUCUAGACGCUUGUAUGGAAAAUUACGAUUUUAAUGAAAGGAAUAAUCGUUUUCCAACGAGUUAUAUUGGACAUAACUCUGCCUUCAAUACCCCGAUAGACUCAAUCCCUCACGUCACGAUGGAGGAUCAUGAUCAGUCUCUUGGUGUGAAUUUGGGUUCGACAAGCCAGCAACCAUAUAUGAUGGAGUCCUAUGGAUAUCACAAUGUAGAAGCCGCAAAUCCAAGAGAGGCUAUGGAGGGAGUGGAUGGUUUUGAUGAUAUUGAUGUUGAUCUUGAAAGCAUGGAUUGGUUCGAUGAGAUGCUGAACAACUUUGCACAUGGCAUAUAG